AUGACACACAAGCGCCAACGUCGGGCGACAUUUCAUAAGUCGUCACAUCAUCCUCCCAUCCUAGGCAGGCAUCGAGAUGGACAGACAAUCGAAUCUGCACCUGAAAGCAGUCCCAAACCCCCUCAUAAGCCACCGCCGAUAUCAAGGCCGCCCGCCAGUGACGAUGCCAUCGGCAACACUGCAGCCGGUAACGUGGAACUGAAUAACCCGAUAGAAUUCUGGGCAAGGGAAGGACUCUGGCCGCCGCGCUUGUUCGAGCCCGACGUGGAUCACUUGCUUGCCCGGAAGCGGUCCUUGUCCGCCUUGGGUGGAUGUAACGACCAGAAGCCACGCGAGGAGAAAAGUGCACAGUAUCGAGAUCAGCGUUACGAGACAUUGCUUGCCACCAAGGGCAGUUUCAUGGUCGAGUCUUCUCUAGACAUAACCCUUCCAAGCAAGGUGCAGACCCAGUCGUUGCUCGACGAGUCACAACCUCCCCCUCAAGACACACUCUUCCGUGACGACGUCUUUAAACAAACCUACCGGAAAAUUCACAAUAAAAAUGAGGCUCGAAUCAUCCAAGAUGUGUCUCGGCUCAUAGUCCCUUCGGCCGAGAGUCUUGCCGCAUUUGACGGGGAGCACCUCGAGGUCCUGAUAGAAAGUGUCAACGAAGGAUGGAACAACUCGAUUCCUCUCACCGGGACACGCCCGCAGCCCGACUAUUCCGUUGGGUUCCAACGCGAUGCAUUUACCCAAGAACAGCUUGAGAAGUUAUCACCGUUCAUCAGCGACUUCAUCGCCGGCGAUCUAUCCUACUUCAUGGCUACGUAUUACAUGUACUUUCCUUUCCUCGCCUGCGAGGUGAAGUGCGGAGCUGCAGCACUGGACGUCGCGGAUAGUCAGAACGCCCAUAGCAUGACCCUUGCGGCACGGGGCAUCGUCGAGCUCUUUCGUCUUGUUGGGCGUGAGGAUGACGUCAACCGGGAGAUUCUUGCCUUCUCCAUCUCUCACGACAACCGGUCUGUGCGGAUAUAUGGUCAUUACCCAGUGAUGAAUAGAAAGGAGACCAAGUAUUACCGCUACCCUAUCCAUACGAUCGACUUCACGGCACUUAAUGGUAAGGUGAAGUGGACUUCCUAUCAAUUUACGAGGAAUGUUUAUGAUACUUGGAUGCCAGCUCACUUUAAGAGAAUCUGCUUGGCCAUAGACCAACUGCCGUCAAAGGCGGACUUUGAUGUCCAGGCGCUUUCUGAGUCGGCCAGCCCCUCCCAGGGUGAAGAGCAUCUGGCGCGAUCUAUGGCCGACGCCGCGUCGCUACUUGUGGAUAUGGACAAUCAGUCCAACAAGGCUGGCCAGAUGGACACUCCGGCUACAUCAUUUUCAAAACCGGGUCCUUCCAAGAGGAGGAAGAGCCCCGCCAAGAAGCCGUCGAAGUAG